AUGAAUCCGGCACGUUCUCGUGGUAAAGCAACGCUCAGAAUGAAAAGCACUCGGGGCCAGGGUGUAGGAAGAAGACGAGGACGAGGUACACAAGGACCAAGAACUUACGCCAACGUAGUAGCGGAUGUUCCUGCUUGUGCCCCCGGACCAGCUCCAGCUUUAGCCUCCGAACCAGCUUCAGCUUUAGCCCCCGGACCAGCUCCAGCUUUAGCUUUAGCCCCCGGACCAGCUCCAGCUUUAGACCCUGGACUUCUGCCAGCUGCUCCUCCAGCUCCAGCUGCCGUUCCUGCCCGAGUCCGGCAACUACCGCCAGCAGCUCUUCCAGCUCCAGCUCCAGUUCCUGCUCGAGUCAGUCAACGACCACCAGCUACUUCUCUAGCUCCUGCUUCUGUUCAACUACCGCCAGCUCUUGCUCCAGCUCCUCUUCAACUACCGCCAGCCCCAGCUCCAGCUCCUGUUCAACUACCGCCAGCCCCAGCUCCAGCACCUGUUCAACUACCGCCAGCCCCAGCUCUAGCUCCUGUUCAACUACCGCCAGCUCCAGCUACAGCUCCUGCUCCUGUUUAA